AUGUAAAUUAGAACUACUGAUAAUUAAAUUGUUACCAUCAAUAUAGAGGCAUUUCUUAAAUAUAGUUAAUUAUUUGAACAUAUUUAUGGUAAUAUUUAUCAAUUAUCUAUUAGAGUGUGAAUAAACAACUAAUAUUUUAGAUAUGGAAAUUUAAAGUAACAUAUUGAUGAAGAUUAAUUAAUUUUUAAUUGAUAUGUUACCAGAAAACCCAUCAGUCAUUCCAAAACCAAUUCCAAAUACUGAUUUAGAUUCUUUUCUUAAUCCUAUAGAAUCAAAUUUUCUUAAAUCAUUAUAAUUAUACAAUAUUGAAAGAUAAUUGAUUAGAAAAGCUGCUGAUUAUCUAGGAAUUAAGAUGCUCAUGAAUUUAAUGUAAGUAUCAUUUACAAUUUUAUUUAUUGGAUUGACUCCUAAUUAAUUUAUUGAAAAAUACUAAUUGAAAAUAAAUUAUACAAAGGAAUUAUAAAAUAAUAUUGAUUAAAUAUAUGAUAAUAUUAUCAUUCAUUGA